UAAGAAUUAUGACGACGGACCCAAUUUUUUGGAAGCAAGAAACUGGACAAGCAAAACGAAAAGAACGGAGAUCUAAAUAUGGUGGGCGCUGUUUAUUUUACGGCGGAGUACUUCCACUAAAUGCACUAAUCAUCUUCAUCUACACUGACGGCUUUUAUACGGAUUACUGGACUAGACUCCAUUUAUACAUCUAAUCAUGAAUUUCGUUUUCUCCCAACUCCGAAUUUUCAGUUUUGUUGGUUUGUUGAAUAUCUGAAUCCUAGAGGUUUAAACUUCCACACUGCGCUUGCCGCCUUGAUCUAGCUAAAAUCCCAGUUUCGUGUCCAGAUUUGUUGAAGGGUGAGCUCGUACGGACAUUCUUCAUAUUCUCAUCUCAAAAGAUCCGAUCGAUGCAUAUAUUUAUGAGAAUAGUAGUAUAGUACCUCAUAAUAGGUCUUUAAAGCUGAUGGUUUCUCUCUCCUAGGGUUUGAGCGCGCUUUGUAGGAAUUUUGUUGGAUUGGGAUAUAGGUAGGGCUGGAGACAGGAAAUUGUGAUGGAUUCUUAUAGGCCUUUUCAUCCGCCGCCUCAACCCGCGUUUGCCCCGCCACCGCCGCCGAAUCAGAAUCAUAUCCGGCCUCCCCUGCCAACAUCUUUGGGGCAGCCGCGAGGGAAUCACCCUUCUCAGAGUAAUUGGGGAUAUGGUAAUUAUCAACACGCACAUCAUUUUAGCGGCCCUCUUCAGCCGAGGAACCAAGUUCCUCCGCCGCCCCCACAGUCUCAUCAGUAUCCGCCACCCCCACCGGAUUCUUCCUAUCCUCCUCCACCUCCGCCUCAGCCGGCUCCACCAGCACCACUAUAUUAUCCUUCAUCCCAGUACAGUCAGUAUAGCCAACACCAACCUCCACAACCCCCGCUCCCACCACCCCCACCAUUGUCUCCUCCUCCAAAUUCUGUGAUUCCUCCUCCUCCACCCCCAUCUUCACCCCCACCACCCCCUUCUUCAGACCCCCCUGCACACCAAAGCAAUGAAAUCAGGAUCCCCCCUAAGCAGAAAGCUGAUAUUCCUCCCUUGCAAGUGAAGAAAGCAAACGCUCAUCCUGGAAAACUAGAGACAGAGGAAGAAAGGAGGUUACGAAAGAAGAGAGACUAUGAGAAACAAAGGAAUGAUGAGAAACAUAGGCAGCAAUUAAAAGAAUCGCAAAACAAGGUGCUUCAGAAGACUCAAAUGUUAGCUUCUGGAGCGAAGGCUCACGGUUCCAUUAGUGCGUCGCAACUAGCUGACAGGAAGACUACUCCUUUGUUGACCGGGGAGAGAUCUGAAAACCGGUUGAAGAAACCAACUACAUUUCUUUGCAAGCUGAGGUUUAGAAACGAAUUGCCAGAUCCAACAGCACAACCAAAGCUAAUGUCUUUAAGAAGAGACAAAGAUAGAUUUACCAAGUACACAAUCACUUCAUUAGAGAAAGUGCACAAACCACAACUAUAUGUUGAGCCAGAUCUUGGAAUCCCGCUUGACCUACUUGAUCUCAGUAUAUAUAAUCCUCCUAAGGGCGAAUUGACUCCCUUGGAUGUUGAGGAUGAGGCCUUGUUGCGUGAUGAUGAUCCUGUAACACCAAUCAAGAAAGAUGGCAUAAAAAGGAAAGAUAGGCCAACUGACAAGGGUGUCUCUUGGCUAGUAAAAACACAAUAUAUUUCCUCUCUAAGUGCGGAUUCAACGAGACAGUCUCUAACUGAAAAGCAAGCGAAAGAAUUACGAGAGACCAAAGGAGGCUGCAAUAUUUUGGACAACCUUAAUACCAGGGAAAGACAGAUACAACAAAUUAAGGCUUCUUUUGAGGCAUGCAAGUCACGUCCAGUUCAUGCGACCAAUCCAAGAUUGCAGCCGCUCAAAGUUCUUCCCCUUCUUCCUGACUUAGAUCGGUACAAAGACCAGUUUGUGGUUGCAACAUUUGAUAGUGCUCCUACUGCUGAUGCAGAGAACUACGGCAAGUUAGACAAGUCUAUUCGAGAUAAACAUGAAGAUCGUGCAAUUAUGAAAAGCUUUGUUGCUAGAGGCUCAGAUUCCACAAAUCCUGAUAAAUUUCUGGCAUAUAUGGUCCCUUCACCCUAUGAGCUAGAGAAGGAUAUGUUUGAUGAAGAUGAGGAUAUCUCAUACACAUGGGUGCGCGAAUAUCACUGGGAUGUACGCGGUGACGUCACAGAUGAUCCAACCACAUUCCUUGUUGCUUCUGACAAAACAGUGGCACGCUACAUGCCUGUUCCUACAAAACUGACAUUGAGAAAAAAGAGGGCCAGAGAAGGGAAGUCAAAUGAUGAAGUAGAACAGUUUCCAGUACCUUCAAGAGUGACAGUCAGGAAUAGACAAACAGUCGCUACCAAUGAAUUGAAAGAUGAAGGGGACUAUUCAAGUUUCAAGGGGAGUGCUUCAGGCAAGAAGAGAACAAAAAUCAGCUUUGAAGAUGGUUUACAUUCGGAGAGAGGAAUGAAUGAGAGUGAUGAUGAAUACCAAUCUAGUGGUGGUGGUGAAUAUGCAUUGUCUGAUUCAUGAUAAUUUAUGAUACCAAAAUACCAAAGCAGAGAUUAGGAUCGUGAAAGAGAGCUAGAUAUCAAUUAGUGUGUUUGUAAGUUGUAAAAAUAAAAGAAUUUUGUUAAUUUUGUUUUUUCAACUCAAGUUUAUUUAAAACAUACUGGUCUAUGGAUUUUUGUCAUACAAAAACAGAUUCUACAAUGAAGUAUUUAGAGAACAAAAAUCAGCUUUGAAGAUGGUUUACGUUCAGAGAGAGGAAUGAAUUAGAG